AUGGUUCAGUCAGCAAAAACGGAAGCAGUGAGAAAAAUCGCAUUCACCGCGUUGAGUACAACGAAAGUAUCGUAUGAAAUUUUUACGUCGCGAAGCGUCGAAAACAGCAAGUUCUCCUUUCUGGGCGAAGGCCCUUUCACAGUUUGAACUUCAAUUUAUUAUUUUUUUUAUUCGUCUAUAUUAAAGAACUGGACACUCACUACGAAAGGGUGGCCAGCGGUUGGAGAACCUCAUGUACAACUCAAUACACUUUUCCGUCACAAUCUCAAAAAAGCAAGUGAAUUUGUAAAAUUUGUAUUUAGUUUAAAAUUAUAGUCCUGCAAGCAACCGGGCGUGAUCCGUCAAUACACUCAUAAAAGAAGUGAAGGUGGACCCUUGAAGCCGCUUCCACAAAAAGUCGUCGAACAACUUAUCGGUUUUCAUCAGUUUUUUUUUUCUAAAACAUAUGAUUUUCAGGUUUCGCUUGCGAAGUAUUUUCGGUAGACAGGCCAGAAUGGAUAGAAGAGGAGGAGAAAUAUUACAACACACCGUUGGAUAAAAUUUCUUCAUAAACCAUCCUAAAAUUAUAACCUUUACAGAUAUUUUCUGAAUCUGGGAAAGGAUCAUGCCACUCGGCUCAAGCAGUUCAAGCAUAUGCGUGAACUCAGGCACAAAUUUGUUUCUGAAGAAAUUCCGAAACAGAUCACCAAUGCACUGUAGUACUAAAAAUAAUCAUAUUACGCAAUACGUUUUUCAGGAACGAGCUCAGAAGAGCUAAAUUCGAGAACGACAUGUGGAUCAUGAGCAAGGUGCGUUACUUUCUCAAUCUUCUAUACUUUAUUCUGAUUUUAGAAAAAGUCUGUGCGCGAAGACGGAUUGGAUGAUGAAGAUAAAGAGAACCACGCUAUCGCAACUCCGCAAAAAGUAUCGAAAGAGGUGUGUGAAUUCUCUUUAUGUACUUUAAUUGAAUAAUAUCUUAGAAAGAUCAAUGCGAUGACGUUAUCCUGAAUUCGGUCAAAGACGCUGCGAUUUCCGAAAACUGCUUGAAAACAGCAGAAGCGACAGCAAAUGAGAUCUCCGCCGAGGUUACUACUGUCGAGCCAGAAAAAGCAGCUUAG